UUAUACGAUUGUGCGGGCAACUGUUGGCCAUCAAUCUACCAUGUCUAUAUCUGAUGGUUUUACGGUUAUCGAUAACGAGACUGUUUCCAAAGCUCUCGAUGUUCACACUGGAAUUUCUUGUCGGACUCGACGGUAUAUUGAAUUACUAUCCUUAAACACUACAAACCCGCAUUCCACAUUUUCAGUUAGAUAUCCUCUGAAAACGUUUACGGUGUACACAGUGCUUGCAGAUAGAAACAAAUUGGACAGCAAGGACAUAUUUUGGAUAAACAAAUCGAUGAACCAGUUCAUUCCACUGAUUUCGUAUCCCAUAUUUUACUCAACAGAUAGAAGUUCUCACACUAGUACUAAUGUUUAUAUUUCACCUUGUCAAGAGGGAAAACAUUAUCAGUACAGUAAAAGUAAAUUUGAUAUAUUUUGGAGAAUUAAACCUACUUUUGGAUCACAGAUAACACAUUAUCAAGGAGGCCUUUUUCUUGUUGGCCAAAAUGGAUCUAAAACAGUCGUCGAUCCAAUGAAAGUUUUAGGAAAUGUUUCACAAUAUCACAUCAGUGGAUUGCAGUUGCAGAGAGGUCAUGCUUACAGUGCACUUAUAAGACCAUGCUUUCAAAAAAAGUGCCUCCCUGGAAAAUUCUCUGAGACAGUGGUUAUUGAAGAAUCUGAAGACGAUGGAAACAGUAUUCAAGCGUCUAUCAGCACGAACAACAAAGAACAAAGAGAGACCAAGCUGAAUAUUGGUUUCAAAAGAUUCCUGUGUGGUAAAUCAGGAAAAGCCUUGGGUUAUGCUGCUGCAUUAUUUGUCAAUGUACAUCGUGAACACCUAACACCAUGGUUGCCAAUCACCUUUGAUUUAGACCUUCCAUUUGUAAAUAAUACAUUUCCGCUUAAGCUUUCCGUCUAUGAACACAGAAAGAUGGAUGUUUGUGUUAAAGCAGUUUGUAUUACUGGUCAUGCAAUUAUUUCAUGCCAAAAUGUUAAAAUGAAGUCAAAUCCUAAUGAAUAUUCAUCGCAGAUUCUUUACGAAAUAGAUUCCGAGUCAGAUGCUUUUUCGACUAUUGCGAACCUUGCAAGUAGUCAAUAUCUAGGAGAAAAGUUGCAACUUCUUCAUGAUAACGAAGUUGACGUAACAUUACCUGGUAAAAAGGUCUAUGGAUUCUUAAACGGGAAAUAUGGAAGAUUAAUUACAUGGUAUUUGAUGAGGCAACCGAUGAUACCACAUCAAGAUUGCGAAACUGAUCUUAACUGCCUUCAGUCAACUACAUCACAUGAUGGAGUUGGACGGUUUACCAAAAUGUCACUGAAGUCCAGUGUAAUGUAUUACAUAUGUGCCCAUUCAAACCCAACUUUUGUUCGUCUUGAUGAUGCAACAGUAGAACUUGAAGAAUUAUUUCUUUGUGGAAACGGAUUUAUAAUCGAUGAUACACCACCGUUUCCAGGAGAAGUUGAGAUUCUGAAUGCACACAACAAAUAUCUCACAGAUGAUGAAGAAUUGGAAUUACAUUGGUCUGGUUUUUCAGACUUAGAAAAGCAGAUCAAAACAAUUGAAAGUGGGAUUGCCAGAUACGAAUAUUGUAUUGGGUCAUUUGAGGGUGGUCAGGAUAUCUUGCAGUAUAGAAAUGCUGGAUUGCAAACGCCAAUCAAAAUUUCAAAUUUGAAUUUGACAAACGGAAUGACAUACUUUGCCACAGUCAAGGCCAUCGAUCUUGUCGGUCAUACUACAGUCGUUUCUUCCGUCGGAAAAAUAGUAGAUAUAUCGCCACCUAAAGUUGGAAUAAUUUCCAUUGGUAAUGGCGGGUCAGAAAACACAGUUCUUUCGGGAGGUAUCAUUUCAUUUCAAUGGGAAGGAUUUACAGAUGUGGAGAGUGGUAUACAACAAUUUCUUCUAGGUGUUGGUUCAACAAAUGAUUCUGUUGAUGUGAUAGACUUUAGGUCUAUUGAAGGAUCGUUUACUAGAAUAAAUCAGUCGGAAUUAAUGAUUGAUGGAUAUCAAUAUUACGGUAUUUUGAAGGUUGUGAAUAAUGCUGGACUUCACAUUGUAACAGCAUCGGAGCCAUUUAUGUUUGACAAAUCACCACCCCAAAAGGGAAUUGUGAGAGAUGGUGUGCGUUCUUUGAUGGAUGAUAAUGACUUCCAAAAUGAUACAAGGAUUUAUCAUUGCCAUUGGACAGCGUUUCUUGAUCCCCACUCAGGAAUUCAUUUCUAUGAAGUAGGAAUGGGAACGAAACCUUUCACCUUUGAUGUAUUUCCAGCUUGCAAUGUUGGGCUCCUAAAAGAGUUUUCAUGGCACAGCGUGUUUGAGCCCGGUGUAAAGUACUUUUCAACCGUGAAGGCGUGUAAUUAUGGUGGUCUUUGUACCUCUGUAUCGAGCGAUGGAAUAAUCAUGGACGAUUCCCCUCCAGUACCAGGACUUGUGUAUGUUGGAUUCAGCGAUCAACACGAACCAUAUCUGCCUCACAGCAGUUCAAUAUCAGCCUUAUGGGUGGGUUUCGUGGAUCCCCACUCUGAUAUCGAUCAUUUUGAGUGGUGCAUUGGUAUACGUCCCGGUAACUGUCAGAUAAAACACUUUCAGAACAUCAUGCUGUCAAACCGAAUCACAAGAACCGGACUAAGCCUACCCAAUUCCACAAAUCUUUAUCUGACAGUGCGUGCAUUUAACAGGGUUGGAUUAUUUACAGAACGCUCAUCUCCAAAGUUUCAGAUUGACAGCAGUCCUCCUACAGUGAUCGUACGACCUGAAUUCAUUACUGAUGGAUUAUCAUUGGUAAAUGAUACUCAGUUCGACAAUUCUGUGAUCAAAGUUCGAUGGCAAUUUGAAGAUUUGGAGAGUUCUAUAAUAAGACAUCAUGUCAUUAUAGAGGUCAAUAAAAAUGGACAUGUAAUACUCGAAGAGAAUGAUAUUGGUAGUGAACGCCAGUUAAUGAUAACUUCUAUCAAUGAAACGAUUUUAACGUCAGGGGAUUCUUACAUCGCAAAAGUGUCCGCCUGUAACGGCGCCGGACUUUGUACAACAGAAAUAUCUUAUCACUUACUGGUUGACUCUUCUCCACCAACACUGGGUGGAUUCAAGAAUCCUAUGUCAUGGCAUAAUAUCGGACACAUCACCAGAGUUCACCUAGCAUGGUACGGUUUUGACGAUUUUGAAUCUGGCCUUAGUGAAUAUCACAUAAGUGUUAGCCAGUCCUACUCGGGGGAUGAAUUAUCGAAUGGUUCCGUAAUUGUUAAACACUCCAUCAAAGGCCAACAGUCCUUAGCACUGAAUUUGUCGACAGAGAUCAGCAAUAAUGAUAUCAUAGUUUUAUCCAUCACUGCAGUUAAUAAUGUUGGUUUAAGGAGUACAACCGGGAAAGUGUCUGUGAUUCUCAUAGCGUCCGACGUAACGCAUAUGAGAGGGUACCUUAAACUUCAGAGAUAUUCAUGUGUCUCCCACUAUUGCAACAACGAUUGUACUUGUGCUGUUAUAGGACAAAAAUGUGUAAAUAAAAUUAACGUUCCGUGUAGAGAAAUAACAGAUUCAUCUGAACUUCGACCUACUAUCUCAGUUCAUUUUGGGAGCCUCGGAAAACCUGCAAAAAUUACUUCCAGUUCUCGCUGCAUAUCAGGGUACUGGGAGAAAAACGGAAAUUCGCUGGGGAGUGUUUUGCGAUAUGAAUGGAGUCUAGGGGAAACUGGGGCUAGCCCAGGAAGCGGAAUAUUUGAUCGAACGAAAGAAAAUAUAUGGAAUGAUAUCGGCUUAAACACUUACAUCGUGUACUGUUUACCUAGAGAAAAAGUCCUUAAUCAUGAGCAACAUUAUACCCUUUAUGUGAAAGCAUGGAUGUCUGAAAGCGACUUCCUCAUCUUUUCAUCAACACCCCUCUUAGUUGAUUUGACGCCUCCAACGAUAAAACGCGGUCGUUCAGUUAUUGAAUCGGAAGAUAAUUGUGAAAGUGAUAUAGAUUUUAUUGAGAUCUCUAGACCUUUUCUGAUAUGUUGGAAUGGUGUGUUUACAGAGGGACAAACCUACAUUACGUCUUACGAUUUCAGUGCAGGAACAAGACCAUUCGCUGAUGAUUUUAUACCACGCACGACUGUGAAUACAUCUUCCGUUGAGGUUAUUCAAACAAUGAUACCAGGAACUAGAUAUUUCUUCACCAUCGUCGCUAAAAACAAUCUGGGCUUGGAAACCACUGCAGUGUCCGACGGAAUACUUGUUGAUACUGACUUCCCUGUACCUGGCACUGUGUACAAUACAAAACAUUUUCGGAACCUUUUAUAUCAGUCCUCAAAAACUACACUUUCCACAUCAUGGCAUGGGUUUGAAGAUCAUCAGUCUUUUGUUGAUUCCUAUGAAGUAGGUGUUUAUGAAGAAAACAAUGGUGCUGUAAUCCGGAAAGUUGAAUCGGUAGCCAUGUCUUCUCACUUUACAUUUAAUGACCUUAACCUUAAGCACAACGCAAGUUACUGCGUCAAAGUACGCGCAUACGAUGCAAUGCGUCAUUCCACCCUAUAUGUUAGUUCACAUUCAGUAAGGAUUGAUAAUACACCACCCUUUGGAAUUAAAUGCCAAAAAUUUGAAGAAAUCAAAUUUAAUUAUUCCACGAACAUAAUGCACAAAACUAUGCAUGGCCUAAAGAAAGUAAUUGUACAAGGUAGCUUUACCUCCAUAAAGAAUGGCAUCUACAAAGUUGUAGUGGAUAUUCCAGGGGAUGUGCAGUUCAACAAACUGAAAUUGCACAUUGGAAACGAAACAAUGCUUUUACACAUGUCACAAAAUGCACUCUCAAGUUCCUCGACAGAACAUCAGUAUUUGUCAAUAUAUGAGGGAAAAGUUGAAUUGAGAUUCGAAGUUUUAAGCCGACAUCAUAUACUCCAUGAAAAUAUUCAAGUACGCCUCUAUCGUUGUGCUUUGUCUGCACUCACCACAUCCCCUUUGAUGGUACGUCAAGUAAGUCCUGGAUUACUAUCUAUCUGCAGUUUUAUAUUCGAUUCUGAGAGCGGAGUUCAAGAUUUUCUAGUUGGAGCAGGGACAACUCGAGGAAGUUUCCAAGUGAGGCCACUUGCUCCUUUCUCCAAAUUGAAUCACGGUAUAAUAGAAGUUGACGCUCCUCAUGGCAGCCGCAUCCAUUUGACAGCCAGAGUAAGAAACUAUGCUGGUCUGUCGACAAAAUUCGAACAAGUAAUAAUGCUAGAUCAUACACCACCAAUUGUGAGUAAUUUAAGAGUAGAUAUACGGAACAUUGAGGCAAAGGAAGACAUGGAAAUCAUCAAGACCAUGAAUGGAAAAGUAACAGAAAAUGAAACGCUUUCAACAAAUUUCACAGAACCUGUCGUGAAUACUAGUAUCGCCAAAACUGAAAUAAAAGUCACCUGGAAUGUGAGCGAGGAGGAAAGUGGAAUUUUAUCUUGUUAUUGUUCCGCCGGUUCUUUGAGUAUAUUAGCAUCGAGAAGUUGGCAAAGGAGUCUUGAUAAUUCAGAGUGCAAAUUAUCAAAUCUGAUGUUUGAUCAUGGAACCAUGGUAUCAGUAUAUGUCAGAUGCAUAAAUAAGGUUCAGCUUUUGGGAGAAAGAAGGGCAGGGCCUUUCAUAAUCUACCACGAACCACCAAAAAUUGAGCGUUCGUCUCUUUCUUUUUAUCCAAACAAUCGCUUUACUGUUUUAACUGAUGAACCAAACGUUGAAGUACAAUCAAACCUGACCUACAUCGACUUUUCUUGGAACGGCUUUAAAGAUGAAGCUGGUAUAUCCAACUACGAAACUCGAAUACGAAAGAACGAAGUAGUCAUCGCACCAUGGAACUCGACCGGCCUGCGUAAUAGUGCAUCACAAAAAAUAAUACACGCAAUUGCAGAAGAUACCAUCCACGUUGAUGUUCGAGCAAUGAAUAAAGGCGGGUUCCACAGUCAAAUCAUAAAUGCCUCUCUUGUUCUGGACAACAGACCACCCAGUUUAACAGGAGGAUCGGCAUCAAUAAAUUCUAAAGAAGAAAAUUACUCGAUUCGCUGGAUCAACGUUUUCUUGCCUAGUCAGUAUGGUUCUACUGUUUACCAAGUCUCAGUCGGUUCAAGCGAUGGCUGUUCAGAUGUGCAGUCUCCGGUGUAUACCCGGGCAGAAGAAUUACAUUUUGAUUGGAUUCCAGAUAACUCUCAGCAUCAGCUAUUUGUUAACAUACUGGCUUUUGCACCAAAUGGGGAAUUUACUCGCUUUAACAAGAAAUUUUCCGUUUAAAAUCAUAUACCUAAAUCAAGAUUUUCUCACUAUACAAGAAAGUGUUGUACCAGAAAUAUAUAGUCUUAUAUAAUUCUUCUUUAUUUGAUAUACUGGGAACUCCGCCCACACACAUUUAUACUUAAUGUUUUGAUGUUAAGUGCUGUUGAUAUACUAUUCGGAAUAAAUGUAUAUCUGCAUCAAUAUAAA